CACAUGGACAGCCCCCUUUCUCCUUGGCACUAACAUCACCACAAGCAAACCCAAAUUCACCUCCCCACACUCCUCCCUCCCAUCAGUCUUCCUCUUUCUUCCCCUAUUCCCCGUUCGCACCAAUACCCUUCUACAAUAUCGCCGUUGCAGAUGCCCACACUGACUCUCAUCCUCGAGAAAAGAAACAAAAGCCCAAGUCUCAGGCAGAGGCAUAGAAAGAGGAUCUCAGCUUCGCUGUCCAAGUUGGCGAGGAUGCAUACUUUAUACAAGAGAAUGCCAUGGGCGUUGCAGAUGGUGUCGGCGGUUGGUCAAGAGCCAAAACACCUGAUGCUAGUUCAUCAACGCACGUCUCCACAGAUCCAUCACCAAGCGCAUUGUUCGCCCGCCGAUUGAUGCACCACUGUUCGGCAGAGGCUCUCCAAGCCGAGGCCUCAUCAUUCCGUCGCCGGGAUGUAUCCCCUUCUCGGUCCAAAUCCCCACACCGCCAUCCGGGAUCUACGGCCCUCAGUGCCGCAUGGCCGUGGAAGGCCGAAAUAGACGAGCUUCACGAAGAGCUCGAAGACUCUUUGGAGGACCUUGAAGACGGACUCGAUGUCCUAAUGAUUCUCGAACGUGCAUAUGAAACUACUCUCAAGGCUCAUGUCGUUCCAGAGCCUCUGCCUACCAAGGCAGCCUUAUCUCCAGGACUCGCACCCAUACCAGAGGAAGCACCCCUCACCACCUCCCCAGAAUCCCCACGGUCCACCCCGCACCCACCAGAACUUUCCCCUCCAAAGAUGAUCCCCCUCAUGACCGGCUCUUCAACCGCCCUCGUCGCAGUUCUUCAGCAUUCUUCCAGCACUCCUCCCCCCGCCACCUCCCCACCCCGCCCAUUCAUUUUCCAGAACCCUUUAGACACCACCUCUCGUAAAGAAACUCACGACGCGGUACUCAAGAUCGCCCAUCUCGGCGACUGCAUGGGUAUGCUGGUGCGCGACGAGAACAUCGCCUGGCGCAGCGAAGAGAUGUGGAGGGCGUUCAACACCCCCGUACAGCUCGGUCCCGCAUCCUCUGCGCGCCCUCGAGACGCCCAGAUCCUCAGCCUCCCAGUCCAAGCAGACGACAUCCUCAUUCUCGCUUCCGAUGGACUAUCUGAUAACUUAUGGGAUUACGAGGUGCUCGAUGAAGUGGUGCGUUUUAAGCGCUCUUUCUUGAAGAGUGACGGGGAGGGAAGUGGUGAGGGUCUUUUGGGCCGUCGAACGCUAGCAGGCAUGCUGAGCGAAGCGCUCUGUUCACGUGCGCGCCGCGUGAGCGAGAGGAGGGGGCGGGGUGUUGAUGACGGGGUGUUUGACAUGGAGGAUGAAGUGCCGUUUGCAUGUCGUGCAAGGGAGUCAGGGAAACCAUUCAGAGGUGGUAAAAUAGAUGAUAUUUCGGUAUUGGUGGCCGUCAUCUCACCAGCUACUGAUGUCGUCCGGAGCUCGAUGUAAGCACCGGAAUCUAUGAUGGGUUCAUUUGGCAGAUUGCACCCAGAUUUUUGUUUUUGUUUUGUUUUCUUGUCUUCGACACUCAUCGCUCUAUCGCAUUUGCAU